CUCCGCAUCCGCAUCUACAUCUGCAUCUGCAUCUGAUCUGCAUCUCACUGACUUCGCAUCUGCAUCUGUACAAAGCCAUUCCAUUAACCCACAACCGAGUACCCAGAGUAAUCCGCAUCUCCAACGCCUCCAGCAAGCAGAUCCUGCUGAAGAAUCACCAGGACGCUAUUCUGCAGCUCCAGGGCCAUUCUCCGUCGCCUCCCCUGUCCUUCGGCGCCGCAUCGAUGGCGGACAGCAGGGAACGGAUUCGUGGACCCUCCAGGGAUGGUCGCGAAUUCCUGACCAGUCCGCGUCAGGUUCUUCGUCGUCUGAUGCUCCUCUCGGAGGGCAGGCAGUACAGGGAGGCUGCUGGCGUGGUGGGCAGACUGGGUCCCUCGGUUCUCAGAUCAGUGAUCGCCGAGCUCCCGCUGGACCUGCUGUUGGAGCACCUGCCUCACAGUGCCUACCUUCUGGAGUCUUUUUUUACCAGAUUGACCACCCUGAACACCACUCCCAAGCCAGAUGUGCCUAGUGAAACGGUGGCCUGGCAAUUGGUGCGUCUGUUCGCUAAUCCGCAUGAAUCGGGACUCCGACAGAGAUGCACUCGACUGCUCCAGGCCUUGGCUCAGUACGAACCAGGGCUCCGGCAGACUUUAAGGGAAAGGAGACGUAGUUUUGACAAUGCUGUACAAGGUCUUGGGGUCCAUGGGCUCACCACCGAUGCCUCUGGUCAGCUUAUUUCUCUACAUGUAGCCCUGAAAACCGAGCUCCAACGCCAUGUAGAUACCUACAAGAUGGCCAUUCACAAGCUGGAGGAGCUGAGCAUGGUGACGGUCAACCAAGACCCUGCUCACUCCUCCCACCAACGAUUGUUGGCUAUCAAUUAUGGGGACAUUCAGCAGCGACUGAUCGACAACAAGACCCUGCUCACAAUGCUGGACAAGCCGGCUCUGAAGCAGCUGCAAACGCUGGUCGAGAAUCUCAGCACGCGGGUGGAGAACGACAAGGAGGUGCUCACGUGCGUGGGUCAGGUGCGUCGUCUGGACUCACAGGCGCUCGUGGAGAAGCGCCCUGCCGCCGGUCUGCUGAUGAACUUCUCCCGCGGUUGCGAGGUGGUGCUCAACAUGAUGGGUCCUGAGGGAGGUCCUCCGGGCUCCUCCCACUCCAUUGGAAAGAACACUCCCCCAGGCGGCGCCAGCACGAGCAGCUGCAGCGAUGGAUACCAUUCGGACGACUCUGGAAGCGAUGACGGCAGCGAAAUGGUGUCGCUCUAUCGGAAUCUCUACGUCGAGAACCGAGCGGACGCCUUGGAGGCGUUGGACAGUCUUCCCCAGAUAAAACACGCGCACAGCCUCAAGGGGAAGAUACUCUUCUCCAUGAUCGUGCUCUCCUUCCGCCUGUGCCACGGGAUGCGGGAGCGGAAGGUCCUGGAAGUUCGGCGGGUUCUGAAUUGCCCCUUGGACAGUAGUAGUGAGACCACCUUAUCCCUGGACAGGUCCGUUCGACAGCACCUCUUCGAGACCGCCGAAAGUUUCCCGCUGGGCGAGAUCGAGCGGUCGGUAUUCAACCAGGUGCUAUCUACUCUGCACGAGUACCCCUGCCUGGAGUCCUGCCCCCCGUUGACGCACUACGUCAGUGCCUGUGUCCGCCUGGCCUGGAGGAUGAUCAACCAGAAGGCGCCCUACUACCUGGACAUGGACUUCAACCUGGGCUUCCUGAGGCCCGAGAAACACGAGCGGCAUCCCCAGGCGGACCGGCGAUCGGAUCUGAUAAAGGCCUUCCUCUGGCCCGCCCUGAUGCAGAACAACCAGUGCGCCUUCAAGGCGGUAGUGGCCACCUGAGGAUCGUCUUAAGCUAACCCCAUUUGUACAUACUUGCCCUCUCUUAUGCAAUAAAGAUUUGACCCCUA